AAUUGCUUGAUGCCAAUUCACAAUCGGCGCAGACAAACAUGGACUCCGCUACCUUUCGAGCGAGAUUUGUUGCACCAAUAGUCCUUUCGCUGCUGUCGGCAUGCACUAAGCACCGAUGCCUGGCGUUCGUUUCUCCGCGACUCGCACCUGGGGUGUUGUCACCAUGGUAUGAUGUACCGAGUGCGGUUGCCUCUCCGUCGUCUCUGCUCUGCCGAGGAAACUCUUUCCCAACACGGCAUCAACGGCGACAGCGUUCUUUACUGCGCACGGCUGCUGAAGGUGGUGAUGGUGGGGCGGGGGACAAUGGUGGGAGUGGGGGUGGGGACGCAAACGCAAAAACAGGAACAGGAGCGAGUAUGGGUUUGGACGGAGAGUGGCAGGUCAAAUCAGGGGAGGGCAAGAGAGCGAGGCGGGGGGCGGGAAGUGAUGGCUUUGGUUCUGUGCCGGGGCAGCUUCCAGAGAAGACGCGGGACGGGCAGGACUGGGCAGAGUGGGCGAGGGAAUGGCGCGAGGACCCUGAGGGCAAGGCCGACCGACUAGUGAGCCAGUGGGAUGCCGAAGCCAAGGCGAAUGAGGGUGGAGGCUUGCAGGACGGGAGAUCCAAGAAGCGCAAGGCCAAGAAAAAUAAGAAGGGCAAAGCUGGCCCGUCGCGUGGAGUGGUUGGCAGCGGCUUCGGUGGUCCCGUGCGGCAGACGAAGAGCGUCCCGAAGGGGCUGGUGGUGUCUGAGACGGGAGGGGACAAGGGGGACGUCGUGGAUUGGAGCAAGGGCCAACAGCUCAGGGAGACGGAUCGCAAGGAAAACAUGGUGGCCGACUGGCAGCAGGACGCCAAGAAUUUGGAAAGCCUAGACCCGUCUGACAGAGAAAAACUUGCCGAGCAGCUCCGAACGGCACUGGGCAAGAAGAAGAAGAAGCAGAAGCAGGAACAGAAAGCGAAAGCGAAACCAAGCGAUCGUGGCGAGAGCAAAGGCUUUUCUACGACCGCUAUCCCUACGGGGGGCACGGAUGCAUCGGCGAUCAAAGGUCGGGGUGACGGUCGUGGCGUCUUGGCUUCCGCUGCCGCUGCUGCCGGCGCCGUGGCGGCGGAAGAUGUUGCGGGUGUCUCUGUCUUUCCUUCGGCAGCCGAAGGCAGCAAUGGGGCCAUGGAACAACUUGGUUCGGACGGGGAGUAUGAGGUUGGCGAGAGCAAGGGGGCAGAAGGAAAGAGCGUGUCGGCCGGUGUUGGUGCCGAAGGUCGGGGAAAGGACGAACCGUUGUUGGUGGAGGCGGGCGCCGAGGGCGACCCCGGAAAGAAAACCGUCGCCGACGGCAGUGGCGGCGUCCAGGUGCUCCCGGUCGCUGGUGCAGCCGUUGAGGGAGGCGAUUCACCUGUGGGUGGACAACAGUUAGCCUCGCCCGGGGCUGACGGAAUCGAGAAAAUUGGUGAUGGAGUUCCCCUGGAGAAGGUGAUGGGCAUCGGAACAGGUGUGGCGGUUGUCGAGGCUGCUACCAAUGAUGGCGCUUGUAGCGAUGCUGGGGGUGUAUCUGCGGUCGGCUCUACGGGAGAGUCAGCAAGAGAUUCCUCAGACGAGGGCGAACUCUCACGGGCCUUGAGUUUUGGGAAGGGGAUUUCUCUGCCUUCGGAGGAGGAUGCGGCAGAGGGUGAUGAUGGCGAGAUGAAAAAGCCCGUUGCAGCGAGCGAAACGCCAGGGAGUGGUGGCGAGGAUGACCGAUUACUACGUAGCUUCGGGAGAGGGGUUGCCUUUCCUGCGAAGGCUGAUGAUAGCGGAAUGUAGAACAUAACCAUUUCUGUGACUUGCGUGUGAUGUUGAACCGCCGGUGCUUGAUAGGGGUCGGAGGAGUGAGUAGCAUCAGUGAGGACAGAGCUUAUCGUAUGAUGUGCAGAACAAGUGCGGUGUUUUCGUUAAGGGGUAGUUAGCUGGGAGUCAUCGGCAAUUUUCCGACACGCGCGGCCGAUGGACGGAAGCUGUCUACCGAUGUACUCCUAAAUUGUAUCGUUCUGUCCGAUUGCCUCGAUGAGGUAUGCUGCUCACGGUUAGCGCCAACUCUUCGACAACUUGCUCGCGAAAUAAUCACAUGGGGCGGCUUAGGUUUCGCCGUGUCGACAUCCAACGGUAUACUACUACGGAUGGAUGAAAUUCGAUGCAUUGGAGUCGAUGCAAUCGAGAACCGUCAAGUUCUAACAGUAGCGAGUGCCGGCCGGUCAGCUCGUAAGGAACACAUGUGUUCGAGCAAGGCUCAAAUCAAAGCCUUGCGAGUCUCAACGGAUGACCACGGGCAAAUUAUUGUUGACGAAGCGCACCGACGACACUCACGCUUCGUCGCAACUGGACACUUCCCUGAGUCGUAUGUACAACACAUCCUGUGAAAUGAAAUUAAGCUUAAGCUCGCUACCCCGAGCGGUAGGUGUGCCGCCUGUCGUCUUCCUUCCUAUCCUGAGGAGAAAACAAGACGCGUCCAGAGGCUGGCCAGGGGGCUAAGCUCCGGCCUGUUGCAAAAUAAACAAACCUCACGACGAGCCGGGAGUCGUCUGCGGCUGGUGCGGAAUGGCUCGUCGGUAUGUAGGAUGCAUACGCUGACUUCGUGCAAUUGAAACACUCCGUUUAAUGCUACACGGUACAUGCGAAGGGGUGCGGGUGCUAAGCAGAUGCCUCGUGGCCGUCGUCCGUGCGGAACAGCAGACACAAGGGAAAUCGCGACACGGGUAUCAUGUAAUCUGGUAUUUAGCAACAUCACCUUCCGAUUUGUUGCCAUGAUUAAUCGCCUUACAAACAAAAAACGCCAUCAAGCCAAAGAGAAGGUCAACGCCAAUACACAAGACAGACAAGAAAGGGCCCGUUCAUCACUGCUGUACCACCGCCGAGUCCAAAGAACCAGAGCACAGAGAACCUAAAAGCCAGACUUCCAAUGAGUAGGGCUCUCACUUCAAGCCGUGCAUGCGAGAGAACGACAACGAGACAACGAGACGCAAACACUUGUUGCAACGAACGAACGAAAUUGACCCUUCUGCUUUUGGCGCUUUUGUCCAGAGAGCAAUAGCUGCCAACAAGAAACGGCCAGACGGGUACGCCCAUCAAACCAACACCUGACAUGUGAACAUGAGCAGAGCCAAGCAGAAAUUCCAGCACCCCCCCCCUGCUCCGCAUGUAUCAGUACAGUAAGAGAGACU